AUGACGGCUUCUACUACUGCAACUUCUUCUGUACCUGCUGCAGCCCCCAAGAAGCAGCCACGCGUACCGCAACCCAUCCGUCCAUCGCAAGGACCACUCAAGUCGACAUGGCACAAACCGGAGAAUAAGUCAACAUGGGGUCUGCACCAUUGGCUCAUUCAUGCGUUCCAGGUUGAUCCCAUUCCUCAGGGCGCUACCGCUGUUAUUCACGAGAAGGACGACCCUGUUCCCAUUUGGAACAACGCACAACUCCACCUCUGGAUCGCCAUGCGUAUCGUCCCUGCCCUUGCGAUCCAGUAUGCCUACACACAGUGGGCGGGCAGAAAUUUCCACCCCAUCGUCAAUGUUUUCUAUUGGGGUAUCUUUAUUAGUUUUUUCGGUGCCAAUCUUCUCAACGUGUUGCGCACCCUCGCUACCAAGGUCGGUUACUUACAACCUCAAGCUGCUCGCGACGGUAUCCCAGAUCUGAAAGUCUCACAGGUGCUCAACUCGCUGCUCAUGACCGCUUUCUUUCGCCCCGCAACGGCGACGCUCGUCAUUUACAACCGCGACUCACCUAUGAAGCUCUCGCCAUGGCUUCCGCUCGUGGUACCUGCUUUCUCCGUGGCGGUCGAUUUCUGGUUCUAUUGGUACCACCGCAUUAUGCAUGAGUCGGACCUCCUCUGGAAGUUCCACCGUACCCACCACACUGCUAAACAUCCUACUCCGAUCCUUACGCUCUACGCCGAUAAUGAGCAGGAGUGGUUCGAUGUUGUCUUCAUCCCGCUUCUCGCCUACUUCACCUUGCGACCCUUGGUCGACAUGAGCUACUUUGACUGGAUGAUCUGCUGGACGUAUGUCAUGUUCAUCGAGCUCAUCGGCCACUCGGGUCUACGCAUUACCGGCACCUCGCCCGCCUUUGAUCUCAUCCCCAUGAAGAGGCUUGACGUGGACCUCAUCAUUGAGGACCACGAUAACCACCACUCGCGCGGUUGGAAGAAGUCUGGCAACUACGGCAAGCAGACCCGCGUUUGGGACCGCCUCUUCGGCACGGUUCUGCCUCGUGUUGAGUCGCUCGAUCACCUCACCGACUACUCUGAUAAGAUCAGCCUCCCUCAAUUCUAA